AUGCGCAGCUUCGUGCGCUGCUUCCGGGUUGCCUGGCUGCUGCUCAAUGGCUGGUACACGCCGCAGGUGAUUGACCAAACAAGCUUGCUGGACAAAUGGCCUCCGCCCAAGAAGUACAGUCACCAUGAUUGGUUGGGCUGGACGCAAGCCGACCAGGCCACCAACAACCAGAUCCAAGACUACUGCAAGACCUUGCGGCAGCGCUUGCGGGAGUCGAUUACCUCUUCCGUGGCGGAGGAUUUUCGCUCCUCCAAAGAUCCUGUGGACCAGCUGCUCUGGCGGCUGCGCAACGAGGAGCGCUGA